AUGGCGGCAGACAGUUCAGUCGCGGUCAAUGGAGGAGGAGGGGUGAGAGCGGCGGAGAUGGGUCUGCGCGGGACCAAGCGCGGUGCCAGUGACUCAAACUUGUCCGACUUCGAGAGGUUUGAGAAGAGAUUGCGUUUGCUCAGUCUACGCAACUCCGGCAAGAAUAACAAUGGCAAGAGCAACCUCUACACCCCCAUCUCCCACUCCCCCACCACGACCACUCCCAAUGGAGCAUCUUCAAAUGCCAAUCACGUGUCCCAAUCUCCCGAGAACGACACGAUGCAAGUAGACGACACACGCGAUCGAGUCUACAUCCACGAUCUCGACGCCGAACUAGCGGACAUCGAGUCCGACGAGGAGAAACUCAUCUACCUCCCCGACAUUGAGAAGAAGCUCAGCAAGCUCCCGCGACAGGUCUUAGGCGGUCGCGAAGAUGACUACGAGGGCCAGGAGCUGGUGCUGUAUAGUGUGCCCAAGUCGCUGACCGUGGACGAGGGUCAUGACUCCGUGAGAAAGGCGAUUAUUGAGUCGCGACAGCGGGCGAGGGAGAAGGCGGCGGAGGAGGCGAGGUAUGCGGAUAUGGAGAGGAAGUAUGAUUGGAGUGGUCAAGACGGUGGCGCGGAGACGGCGCAUGGGUAUGGUGCUGGAUAUGUUCCGAACCAGGAGCUGGAGGACGACCCGGAUGCUAUGGACAUCGGUUGA